AUGCACCUCGCGCGCGUCUCGGCGGGCUGGCGGGGGGUGAGCGUCGCGCUGCUGUGGUGCGCGGCGCAGGGCCAGCAGGCGUUUGAUACCUCGGGGGAGAUUGUACAACAUACACUGGGGGCACGCGCGGGGGAGUGGGACGUGUGGGCCGCACCAUUCGUCCGCUGGGAUACCGUGUACUUUGUCGCGGCUGCUGCGCAUGGCUACACGACCGAGCAGGCGCUCGCAUUCCAGCCGGGGAUUGUCAGUGUGCUGCGGCUGGGGGGGUAUAUAGGUAGGCUGUGGGACGCGAGUGCGCCGUGGGACGCGACGGCGGCGGUGGUCGUCGCGACAGUGCUCGCCAACAUCGCGUCGUGGGCGAGUCCGUUGCUGCUGUACGAGGUCGUGCGCGCAUGGAGCACGCCGAGUAUCGCGCGUGCGGCUGCGCUCUUUUCGGCCAUCGCACCGGCGAGCACAUCGGCCCUGUCGGCACCUACGCCCGAGUCCUUCUUUUCGGUCCUGUCGCUGCUCGGCUUUUGGGUGCUAGGCACGGGCCACGAAGCGCAUCGCACGGCUCGGCGCGCGCUCGCAGCGAUGUGCUUUGCGGCCGCGACGUGUUUCCGGGCAAAUGGCAUUCUGCUUGCCGGCUACCUCGUGUGGCACGCGGCGUGGGCGCCCAAGACCCAGAGCUUGGGCCGCUUUGCGGUGCGACUCUUGGGCGUCCUUCCUCUUGUAUUCGUGUCCAUCUCUCCGUGGGUCCUUACGCAGGCAUGGGCGUAUUCGCGCCUCUGUACCCAAGGCGCCAUCUCGCCGUGGUGCACCUGGCGCGUUCCGCUCGCCUACAACUAUAUCCAGUCGACGGACGUCGGCCUCUUUCGGUACUGGACGCUGGCGCAAGUCCCAAACUUUGUGCUCGCCGCGCCGGUGCUGCUCGCCGGAGGUAUUGCCUGCGCUACCUACGGACGCCGUGUCGGCCUGCCGCUUCUCGACGCGGUGCUCUGUCCGUGGCGCGCGCCGCUCGGCCAUGAAACGGUCCCCCUUCCGUUCAUGCUGCAUACGCUCGCGCUCCUGCUCGUGCUCCUCUUCGCGAGCCAUGUGCAGAUUGCGCUGCGGCUGUGCACGCCCGGUGGCAUGCCGUUUGUAUGGUACGGGCUUGCGCAUGGCAGUGUGCAUCGGCGAACCGCGCUACGGUACCUGGUCCCCUAUGCACUCGUCGCCGGCCUGCUGUACGCCGGCUUCUACCCCCCCGCUUAA